AUGGCGCUGACCACCUCCAGAAUGCCUUCAUUACCCUUGCCUCUACCACCUGGUCAUAGCUCCUCCCUGGACAUUUCCAGUUCUGUGCCUGACCUGGGUCUCCCUCAGGUAAAUAGCAGGGUCUGUACCUUCCAGAGUCCAAGAGAACGUGUUCUACGGGGGUUCGACUGGUAUUUUCUUUUUCAGGGGAUGAACAAUCAGUACGUCCGCCGGGAGGUCUUCUGCCGGAACACCUGUCACGAGCUCAAACGCUUCUGGGAAAGAGAAAUUGGCAAACAGACUUAUUACCGAGAAACAGAAGAGCAUCGCCUGGGAAGAAGUGCACUGGGAAAGCUCAGAGAAGAAUGGAAGCAGAAACUGGAAACAAAGCUGAGACUACAGAACAAUUCAGAUGAGACAGAAAAGCGGGCCAGUGUUGGCCAAGAGCUUCACUGACACAAGAGGAUACAAAGCACGGAGGUCACUCUGUCAGGACAAGCCAGUGCAAAUCCCUGAGUCCCUUUGCUACACCAUACAGAUCCCAUACUAUUGUUUCCCCCACCUGUAAAUCCUGUGGGGAUUUACCUGUGAAUCCUUCCCCACUGCUGAGUGGGGAUUAUUAGCCAAGGCAGUCCUCUCUGCAUGGGGACCAGAAUAUUAUCCCCAACAUGUCUAAAGACGAGAUUAUCUAACAGCAAAGCUCCAUGCAGCAUACUUUAUUUCCAUACAAUUAUCUUCUAAUUUUGAAAUCCCGAUAUUUGAAAUUCUAAGCACAUGAGGGGGGAUGAUUUUCACGGUCAUACUUUAAACAUCGCACAUUAGUUUUGCUCCACAUUUCUCCUAGGAAACAGCACCAUGUAAUCCUUUCUCUUGUUUUCUCUUUAUGAGAAGAGAAAUGCACCUAUCUGCAGAAAUAAAAAUAUUGUAAAUAGUCAUUAAAAUAAGGUUUGCAAAUUAACUGAUCUAAUAUUAUUUUUCUCCACAUGAAUUUAAUAGGCUUAUUCAAAAACAUGUUUACGUAGAACCAUUCAAUAAGAUCGGGAUAAUUUUAAUAAAACUUGGUUGCCAUGCCAUCACUGGUAUACGCGCUCUUCAUUUUGUUGCUUUCUUUUAAAUAUCCACAUGCUGGCACUGGUUGGCUCUCUGUCAGCUCAGCUAAAGUAUAUCUGGCCACCCCAACAAAGUGCUUGUCACGUAGAUUCUGGACUUUGAAAUAUCAUUGUCACUGCCCAGCAAUCUCUCAGGUCCCCAUACAGGGUUGCUGCUUCUAAAAGUGCAAACUGUAACUAGGCCUGGUGCAACAUUUCCCAACCAGGGCAAAGGAGCAGAGAGAUACAUGCUGUAAAGUACUUGAUGGUUGUAGGCAGUGCCUGCAAAGCCUUACAUAUUCAAGGGGCAGUGUUACCAGGAGACACAGAGAGCAAGGCAGAGGCAAUUCUGAACAGAGCAAGUGUGGUGUUCCAGUCCUCUAAAUGCCCUGAUGUGCCCUAAGGUGCUUCCAUCCACAUCCCCAGGGAGCCCAGAUGGGAGCCACCAGGAGGCAAGAAGAGUUGGGGGAGCAUUUCCUCAGGUUCCACACUUAUAUGAUCCAGGAAACAGGGCUUAGAGCCCUCCUUCCUGCUAUGGUCUCUCAUUCAACCUGGGAUUCAAUUCAACUAAUAAACCAUGAAUCCCAGCUGGGUUCAUUUGAGAUUGAUGAAAGAGGAAUUUUUGUUGGGUAUAAGAGGGAAAUAGGAAUUAAAUAGAAGGAGAAGAAAAGACAGAGCUUUCAGGCUGAGAGGCUCUCAGAAGAAAAGGCCUACCAUCAUGAACUGCAAAAUGCUGCUGCUGGAAUCUAAAUGCAGUCAAGUGAGGCAGAUAAUGCCUGUGAAGAUUCGUUGUGCAUUAAUUCAUUCACCGCAUACCUGGCACUGUGCUGUAUGACCAAAUACAGCAGAGUAAACCAGAAGUGAUGACUCUGGAGGCUACAGUCUAGGGAAGAUGGCAGAAAAGCCAAGGCAAUAAGUGUGAGGGACUAAAUAGCACUGGGAGCCACAGCAGGCAAAGGUGCCCACCUGAUAUGGGGACCCAUUCUGGUCUAGGGAGGGCUUCUUAAGAACAGGGUAGUUAAACCCAAGUAAGCAUGAUCCAGUGAAGGCAAGAUUCAGGGCUCAGGUCCUGGGUGCCUUGAGGGAAUACAUUUAGCUAAGCUAGAAUGGGAGUGAGGAGAAGGUGUAGCAAGAGCUGAAUCUGCGGAAAUCAGCAUUCAGGGCCUUGCUGGCUGAGAGUAUGAGCUUUUCCCAAGGGCACAGGAAGCCACUGUAGGGUGUUGGCCAGGGGAGAGCCACAGUGGCCAUGGUUCAGGAUGAUUACUUUGCACAGAAAGACGGGAGGACAAAGGUGGGAAGGCCAGCCAGGAGGUUCUGCAGAUGCCUCCCAAGAGGUAAGAAGGCCCACAGAAGAAGAAGGUCCUCAGUGCCCUGGCAGCAGGGACUGGGGGGGAAAGAGACAGGGAGAGAAGCAUGAGUGCCUUUUCUCACAAUACUAGAGGCUUGAGGUCAAAGAUCAAAGUGGCAGCAUGGUCGGUUUCUGGUGAGAGCUCUUUCCUGUCUUGUAGAUGGCCGCUUCUCACUGUGUCCUCACAUGGCAUGAGGAGAGACAGACAGAAAGGGAGAGAGGGAGAGGGGGAGAGAGGGACAGAGAGAACAAGCUCUCUGGCGUCUCUUCUUAUAAGGACACUAAUCCCAUCACAAGGGCCCCACCUGCAUGACCUUAUCUAACCCUAAUUACCCCCCAAAGGCCUCAUUUCCAAAUACCAUCACAUGAAGGGUUAGGGCUUCAGCAUAUAAAUUUGGGGCAGGGUAGGGUUUGAGGGGCAGGGAGGACACAAUUCAGUCCAUAGCAGAAUGGGAUGCUUUCAAACUAUGUAUCAAGUCCUGGACACAUCCCAUUUAUAAAAUUGACCAGGCUCAAACAGCAAAAACUUUGAGAGCUGAACUAUGGUGUGGAAUACCAUAGGUUUCAAACUGGCCUCUGGGUAGCACACAAGCAACAGACCACAAAAGCAAAGGCUUUGAAAAGUAAUUGACAUUUAAAGUGUAGCCCACGAAAGUGGGCCAGGACAUGCGUUCUUAACAUAAACAGAUUGACUGCCUACUAAAAUAGAUACAUAAAAAGGAGAGUCUCCUAGCCUUGUACUCAAAAUGUCCAGGAUACAGUCCAAAAUGACUCAUACCAAAAGCCAAGAAAAUCUCAACUCAAAUGAGAAAGGAUAAUCAACAGACACUUAGUACUGAGAUGACACAGGGGUUGAAAUUAUAUGACAAGGAUUUUAAAGCAGUUAUAUAAACGCUUCAACAAGCAACUACAAGCACUCUUUAAGCAAACAGAAAAAGUAAAAAUAUCAGCAAAGAAACAAAAGAUAUAAAGAAAAAUCGAAUGGAACU